AUGUCCGCUAGUAAACGUAGAUCAUCUCUUAAGCUUAUUAUUCUCGGAGAUAGCAGUGUCGGUAAGACCUGCAUCAUUCAGCAGUUUGUGUUCAACAAGUUCUCUGAUAAGUAUAAAUCGACGAUUGGAGCGGACUUCUUCCCUCGUGACGUCAUGAUCGAUAAUACUCCUUACUCGGUCCAGAUCUGGGAUACGGCUGGUCAGGAACGCUACCAGAGUCUUGGCUCGUCUUUCUAUCGUGGUACGGAUGCUUGUAUUUUAGCGUUCGAUUUAACGAACGCGAAGACAUUUAAGAACCUGGAGAAGUGGCAGGAUGAGUUCUUGGUGACUGCCGCUCCGGCGGAUCCUCUGAACUUCCCCUUCGUGAUUGUUGGAAACAAGGUGGACGUUCCGGAGAGCGAACGCAUGGUCACAAAGGAGGAGGUCGAGGAAUGGGCUCGUUCUCGCCGUGUGACGACGAUGCAUUAUUUUGAGACGAGUGCGAAGGAGAACAUCAACAUCGAAGCCGCCAUUUUCGAUGUGCUGAGACAGGCGAUUGCACAGAAGGAGGGAGAGGAAGAGUACGUUCCGGAUGUGGUCGAUUUGGACGCUGUGAAGCCUGCUACCACGGAGAAGUGCAAUUGUUAA